CCACCCACCUCCACAAUUCUUCCCCUCGGCUCCCCCAACCCACUCCCCCGCUCUCGUUUGGCCCAGAGAGAGCCGCGGCGCUCGAGAUGGGGAGGGGGAUUCAGGAAGCUUGGGUUUCCAGCUCGUUGCCCUGGCGACCAUACAAGAUUAACGUGCUGCUACCUGAACAUCUGAGUCCGGAUUUUCCCCGGACCUCGGGCGGCCCGAGAAGCAGGACUGGGGCUUGUGAAAGCGAGAUCCCAGAGUCUCCCUCUCCCUCUCUCUCUUCCUCUCACCCCUUCGCAGAAAUCGAUGAAGACCGCGUCGCCAACCCCCUGCUCAAGUCGACUCUCACAAUGUCCCCGCGGCAGCGGAAGAAGGUCACGCGGACCACGCCCACUAUGAAAGAGCUUCAGCUGAUGGUCGAGCAUCACCUGUGCCAGCAGCAGGACGAACAAGAGGAGGGGGCGGCAGCGGGGGGCGCCACGGCCCCAGGUGGUCGGGGGAAGUGGGAUCCAGCGGCCGUGGUCCCGGAUCCCCCCGGCCAAGACGCUUUUACGGACGCCGAGACGAGGCUCAACCCUGCCGGGACGGCGGCCAAAGCAGGGCCAGAAGGUCCAGUCGCUGACCUCGCAGCUCCCGAGGCCGGCCGGGUGGAACCGUCCACAGAGCCGCCGACGCUGUAUAUACCACCGCGGGGGGAUCCGGGGGGCCUGGGGCCUGCCUCCCACUAGAUGUGGUAACUGAAGCCCAGAGAAGUGAAGUGACUUACCCAAGGUAACACAGCAGACAAGUGGUGGAGCCAGGAUUAGAACCCAUGACCUUCUGACACCCAGGCCCGUGCUCUAUCCACUACGCGAUGCUGCUUCUAGGUCAACCUGAUGGAGGAACGCAGGCAUCGCAGCAAUGGGAGUUGGGGGGAGACCAGGGAACAUCAGACUCCUUCGUUGGAACUUCGGACUGGGGGUCACAGACUUGGGCAUUGAUGCAAUGACCCCCGAGGGCCCCACUCUGACCAGUUCCAUCUCUCUCCACCCAUAGGCCCGAGGGAGACGGGGCCAGAGCUGCCCGCGGCCGGAGCCUGGGUGGGGAGGAGGGGGGCGAUGGCAUUCCCUGGCUGUUUCUUCACUUUGAGAAAAAUUCUGGUUUUAAAAAAAGAUAAAUUUGGAG